AUGCAGCGGGAGGAGACGGAGGAGGAGCGGCGCGCGCGGCGCCUGGCCAAGAAGGCGGCCAAGGAGGCGCGCAAGGCGGAGACCGUGGCGGGCUACUCGAACAGCACCAAUCCGUUCAACGAUCCGAACCUGAAUGAGCAGUUUGUGUGGGGCAAGAAGCAGACGCGCGACGGCACGACCGAGCAGGAGGCGCGCGCGACGGCCAAGCGGCGACGGCACGAGGUGGCGGCGGAGCUGCAGAAGGUCAAGGAGUCGCGCGAGAAGGGCGAGCGCGAGCGCGAGGCGUGGGAGGCGGAGAAGCGGCAGCUCGACAAGGAGCGGGAGCAGAUGGCGUUUGCAGACAACCAGCGGCGCGAGGACGAGUUCCAGCUGCAGCAGGAGCGCUCGCGCGCCGGGUUUUCCCUGCUCCAAAAGACAACCCCGCCCCCUCCGUAA